AUGGGUGACAGCUUGUUGGACACCCUCAGGCUUGAACAGGAGGCUGCUUGGGAUUCUGGUUCUGGCAGCCCGCCACCGCGGGAUUGGCCGUCAGCCCACUGCGCUGUCGAGCUGGUUGAUGCCACAGUCAAAUAUGUGCCCCAACAACAACAACAACAACGAGGGCAGUCUGAGAGCGAUGCUGCGGAGGGUCUCCAAGCUAGAGAGAAGUCAAUUGCGCUGCGCAGGGUAAACCUGAAGCUCAGUGGACGUCCAGAUGAGCGAGUGGUGGGUAUCGUUGGUCGUACGGGUGCCGGCAAGUCCACUCUGGCUGCUGCCCUCUUUCGUCUUGUGGAGGCGAAACGGGACGUGGUGGAGGACCAUUCUGGCUGCGCGGAUGCAAAACACCGUCCGGGUCCCAUUUUCAUCGACAAUGUGGACAUCUCCAAGUUGGGGCUUCAUGAGGUCAGAUCUCGAUUGAGUAUACUGCCACAGGCUGGGCAAAAACAGCUGGUUUGUCUUGCCCGCGUUCUCCUCUCCUGUGGGGGUAGGGUACGUCUGAUGGUUUUGGAUGAAGCCACUUCCGCCAUGGAUCCGAACACUGAUCGCCUGGUGAUGAGCACCAUUCUGAGUGAUGUCUUUAAGGAUGCUACUAUCCUGAUUAUAGCUCAUCGCCUGUCUACAAUUAUGACAGCCGACAGGUGCGUUUCCUGCCGUAAUUGCGUGUCAUCCUACCUUGUCCUUUUUUCCUUCCGUCCCAGACGUUGUUUUUUUCUCCUAUUAGGUGGCUCCUCCUCUCCCUAA